GAGGAAAUGCUAUUGUUUUAGGGAUAUAAAAGUAAAAGUUUGUCCUGUAAAUGCGUAACAUUCCACUUGGUCUUCUUCCUCAACAACUCCGAUCUACACCAGCUGCCGCCAUGACCGACGCUACCACACUACCUUUUCAAACACUACAUCUUCCAUCCAAUCGUCUUGCGUUUUCAAAUUCCGGAUCUUCUUCAAGGUCCCUUUCAGAUUUUUGGAGAUUCAAAUAUGACGUAUGCACAGGGAGUUUGAAGGCCUUGAGCCAGCAAAGAUCGAUUCCGGUUAUUGAUUCUUCUUCCCCUGUUUCACUCGACCUCAAACCUAUUUUAAACGAAUGCCAAUUUGAUCACGUCAUUCAUGAUGCUCAACGGUUGGAUGACUCGGUUGUUGUUUUGUGGAUGGCAAAGUGGUGCAGGAAAUGCAUAUAUUUGAAACCAACAUUGGAAAAAUUGGCAGCUGAUUAUCACCCAAGGGUAAAGUUUUACUGCAUUGAUGUCAACAACGUCCCGUAUCAGCUUGUGGUUCGGGCUGGGGUCACUAAAAUGCCAACUAUACAGCUAUGGAAAGAUGGGAAGAAACAAGCAGAGGUGAUCGGAGGUCACAAAGCGUAUUUAGUUGCUAACGAGGUUCGUGAAAUGAUAGAUGAUGAAGGGCAACCUUAAUUUCUUUCUACAUAUGUUCUUGUUUUUUGUUCUUCUAGAAAUGGACACAUAGAUUUGUAUAUACUGCAGAGAAUAAGCAAUAAACUGUUUUUUUUUUUUUU